CCCAAAUUGCUUUAACACCAAAACAAUUACUCCCUCGUAUCGUCGUAUGCAGUUCGUUUGGGGAAAUAGGUCGAGCCUCAGGUGAAAUUAAAGGCUUCAAAUUCCGUUUCGCCGGGCAUAAUCAUCGGGAAAAUCCACAACUCCGGCGAUAAAUUUCAUCUUCUACACAAAAUUUCACUGAUAUUCCUAGCAAUAAACAACAACAAAUCUCAUCCCACAGCAAAGGCAGUAAGCGAUUCUACUCUUCAAUCUCCCCUAAAUUACCCAAAUUAACUGCAAAUUCCCCACCUUGUUCGAUUUUGUGCUGCAAAAUUUGCCCAUUUAAUUCAAUUUUGUUAAUGGGUAUGCUUUUAAUUUGACAAUUUUCAUGAUUUAAACCGUUGUUGAAUCAAUACUUUAGUUAAUUUGCCCUAGAAUUAUAAAGGUUUGAACUUUUGAAUCAAAGAACAAGAACAGAUUUUUGUGUCAUGGGUGAUAGUUAUAGUUUCAAUUCCUCUUCAAGAUUGGUUUUACCUUUAUCGAAACCGCAAUACCCAGAAAGCAUACAGCGUGGAAAUCAAGGGAAAAGUAGUUUCCCAACUUACCUUGAUGUUCCUUAUGUGACUCCUAGAACUAGGAUUUUGUGUGACAUUAUUUAUGGAACUCCUGUAUCGGAUAUCGAAGCUGCGUUAAAUAGUAGUGCCAUUACUCCUAGUCCUGAGCUUGUGGAGGAGGUGCUUAAGCUUUCCUAUGGCAGCCCUGAUGGUGCUGUGAGUUUCUUUCGUUGGGCGGGGUUUGCUCAUAAACCCUCGAUUUAUGCUUGGAAUUUGAUGGUUGAUUUGCUAGGGAAGAAUAAGAUGUUUGAUCAAUUGUGGGCUGCUAUUAGGUCUAUGAAGGAUGAGAAGUUGAUUUCUCUUCCCACUUUUGUAUCUAUUUUUGGGAGCUAUUGUGCUGCAGGGAAAUUUGAUGAUGCUUUGAUGACGUUUGAUGUGAUGGGGAAGUAUGGGGUUGAGCCCGAUGUAGUUGCUGUGAACUCCUUGUUGAGUGCUAUUUGUCAGGAGAAGGAUCAAACUCAAAGGGCUUACAACUUCUUUGACCAAAUUAAGGUGAAGGUUCCACCGGAUGGGGAUACCUUUGCUAUUUUGUUAGAGGGUUGGGAGAAGGAGGGGAAUGUUUCCAAAGCUAAGACCACGUUUGGGGAAAUGGUGGUUCGCGUUGGUUGGGAUGAGAAAAACAUGUCGGCUUACAAUGCUUUCUUGAUGACUCUUGUUCGUGGAUCACAAGUUGAUGAGGCUGUCAAGUUUCUCAAAGUUAUGAAGGGGAAAGGCUGUUUACCAGGUUUGAAAUUCUUUUCCAAUGCCCUUAAUAUUCUUGUAAAGCUGAAUGAUUCAACCCAUGCUGUACCUUUGUGGGAUACAAUGGUGGGGAGCGGCAUAAUGCCCAAUCUAAUCACGUUCAAUGCGAUGGUUGGCCUGCUCUGCAACAACCAUGAUGUGGACAAUGCAUUUCGCUUUCUCGAUGAGAUGCCAUUUUAUGGAGUCUUCCCUGACUCAUUAACUUAUAAUAUGAUCUUCGAAUGUCUGAUAAAGAACAAGAAGGUUCGCGAGGUGGCCAGCUUUUUUGGAGAGAUGACGAAGAAUGAAGUUCCUCCUACAAUGGCUAAUUGUGCUGCAGCUAUCGAGAUGCUGUUUGAACGGGAUGAUCCAGAGACGGGAAUUGAUAUUUGGAACUUUGUUCUUGCUAAUAGAGUCAUGCCUGUUGAUGAAUGUGCAAAUAUGCUCCUCAUAGGGCUGUGUACAAUCGGUCGUUUCUCAGAGAUGAAGAGGUCUGCGUAUGAUAUGCUGGAUCAGAGAAUUAUCAUUUACGAGUCCACAAUGCGAACAUUGCAAAAGAUCUUCUAUAAAGAGGGCCGGAGUGCUAGAGAUACUUAUGACAGCCUUGAGAGGAGGUGGAAAGCUUCUCACACUUAGUUACACCUUAUUCUUUUCCUCCCCUCUGCUGUUAUUCUUUCUAGCAGCAUUUAGAUAGUUUCUACUCCAUUUCCUACACAGUUGCAACUGUAAAUGGAAAAGCUUCUUUAAUAUAAGGUUCUUUCUUUUGUUUCAUAAUUGGGAAACAAAUUUCUUGCUUUGCUUCUCUUAUUAUCUUUUCUUUCACUUCCAUUCUAAUUUCACUCAUAGACACUGAAAGGUUAUUUACAUUAACCUUCUGCUCCUCAGUCAUGCUGUUCGUUUCAACUAUACCAUCUUGAACAUACCUUCCCUUUACCGAGGAUAGCGUCUUGAAAUCAUGUGUUAUAUGUUUGCUGUUGCCAUUCAGCUCUGCAGAUUUUGGCUUGGUUUACCAUUAUGAAGGUUAUAUAUUUUAUCAGAUCUUUCAGAACUGAUUCAUGAUCCUUGAACCUCGAGGGUGUUGGUCAUAGUUUCUUUAUCCGGAAAUUUUGUUCAACCUCUGCAUCAACCUUCAGCUCACGAACUAGCCUCCUUGGAAUAUUUUGUGAAAGAAAAAGAUUUUUUUCUGCAGGGAAAUCUUAAAGCUUUUUCCUUAUGGCUUGGAGUCUGUUGGUCAUUAUUCCAAGUCCAGAACAGCUUUGUUUGAUGCAGGAGCUAAAUUACUGAAGUUUAGAAGCCAUCAUCACCCUCCCACUGUUUGGAAUGACGGUUUCAACAGGCUAAGCUGCCCACAUUAAUUAUUUUUUGCCGAGGACUCACUUGUUAAGCAAGCACGUUUUCCAGGGAUGCUGCAUUUCCUGGACUGGAGACUUUGUUUUCUCUUCAAGUGAGGUAAGCUUACUUCAUUACAAUAUCUGAAAGUUGGUUGCAGUCCUACAAGAAGGGAGGGAGGCCAGACAGUGAGCAUGAGGGCCAUCUUGAUGCUACAUGCCGAUGAUAUAUUGCUGACAUUGAUGGAAGACCCUUUAUCUGGAAGAUGAGAAGUUUGAGAACAUCAGCGUCUUCCCUCAUUUACAGUAAAUCCUGUCAACUCUUUGUAAUUUCAUGUUCUUUACUGUUGCAAUCAAAGGAACAUGAGAUCUCUUAGGGCCUUAGGCUAAUGCCCCAUUAUACCUUCUAGUGGGUGAGCUUUUAGUUCACUGUGAUUCCAAGAUUGAUUGAAAUCCUCACACCUGCACUCUUUUGUGCUUGCUUUUUUUUCCGAAAAUAUUCUCUACGGAAGUUUUGAAUGACUUUCUGAUCUUGUGUUUCACAAGAAAUUUAAGGGGAAGGAGUAAAGGACCAUGGAGUCUAUCUAUGUUUUUUCUGUACAAGUUGUCCAUGCAUUUUUCUCUUGGUUUAUUGCUUAAUUACUUUCCCUGGGUAUUAUUAAGACUUGGCAACAUCAUUACUUCAAAGAUUUUAUGUUUGUUUUGGAUUGUUCCUUCUUUUUCUAAGGGUUGAUUGGCCCUCUGUAUGUUUUUUUUCCCAUCAGAAUGCUGAUUAUAUAUGGCAGCUUUAAUAUCUAGUCAUAAGUCUACUUCUCUUUAAGAGACUUGGUACUUCAAAUUUACCACACUUGUUGUACAGCUCUAGAUUCUUACCUUUUUCGAAUUCUAGUUCACGAGUUUAAUUUUUGUACAGGUUUAUUUUUGUGCACAUUUUCAUGCAAAGAGAUAGAAAGUAGCGCAGAAAAUGAGAAAGUGGAAGUGCAAUUUCAUUUUGAGGAAAGCCCAACAUUCCCACCCAUAGGAAAAGCUGUAUGAACCCCUAAAACAUUCAAUUCACCUGCAGCAGGGGUCAUCUCUCUUAUUCUGUGUAGAACUUCUCCGGUCUAUAUCUUUAUGUUCUGGAUUAUAGACUGUAAAUUUUUAACGCACACUUCCCUCCCAUCUAGUUUCACAAUGGUCUAGUCUCAUCAAUGAGGUUCCAUGGUGUGUUGUUUUCUGUUGAUAUUGUUUUAGUGGAUGAAUCAAUUAUGAUAAGUUAGAACUUUGGAGACAAAGGGUGGGAACUUUGUUUCAGUCAAAGUAAAACAUAAUAUUUGGAGUGUGAAUUGUGCUUGGAGGGAAGCACAGAUGCAUCAGACCCUCCACCAUCACUAUUGCUGAUGUGCAUUUCCUUACAUUUUGUAAAUGAUAAAGAGUCAUGGUUUUACUGGACUCUUUUUCUUCGCAAUUGCAUCUGUUUGACUGUAAGUCACCAUAUGCUGUUGGAGGUUGUAUGGCUAUGGGAUGUUGAACUUCAAUAGUUGUAGUUUAUAAAUUGUUAGGCAGGCUUUGAUUUUCUGGGUUCUUUCUUCCUCUUGCCUUCCCCUGUUGAUUUCCUUGUCUUUUGAGUUCCUAUGCUUGAUAACCUAACAAAUGUUGCUCUGAGGACAUUCCGAUUUGUUGUUGCAUAGAUGUUCUUUCAUUGAAUGUGGCUGGGGAUAAAGAGAAAGUGAAGUUAUAGGGUUGGUGGUGGUUUGGCAGCAUUUUAUAUGCGGUUAUAUCUCUGGAAAUUUGAAGUGUAUGGAAUUUUAGAUAGAAGAGCUGAAGCUAGGGUGAAAGGUUGCUCAAAGAGGAAGAUAUGACAUUACUCUCCAUUUUGACAACAUAAAUUUGGGUUUAAGGUAUCGACUUAAAUUACGAGGGACAAAGAUGUAUGAGAGAGGGAAAAGUUCAUGAACUGGUUGUGGCGGAAGCCAAUCAUAGUUAGCAAUUUACAUUAAAACAUUAAGAUGGCUUAUUAGUUGUCUACUUGUUAUUCAUUGUGGAGUAGAAAUGUUUCAUGUAGAAUUAAGGUCAACCGUAGCGUCUUUGUUAUUGCAGGGGUUAAACUACGUACUACCUACUACCUACCCUGCUUGGAGCUGUAUGUAUUAAUUUUGUUUUUUAUUUGUUAGACUGAUAUAUUAACCAUGUUAGUUUGUCAAUAACUGCUGUUAUUAUUGAUUUUCUGUGGAACUCGUAUCAAAAAAGUUCUCCAUGGUGAGUAUUAAACGAUUUGCUACUGCUGUUUUUGGAUGAAACUGCAUGAGACAUAAUUGAUUGUUGGGGUACCGAAAUAGCUCUUUGAUUUGAUGAUCUUCCAGGACUGGGGAGUUGCAUCUAUCCAUUUCCCCUAAUUUGGAGCAGAUUUGUUAACACCAGAGAUCUGGUGAAGAAAGCAGUUUAAGCACAAUAAUUGUUGUGGUGUUGUCUUGUUUAGCUUUUUAGCUAAAAACAGGAAUAGCAGUUUCAGUGCUUCCAGAAGUAGACCAUCGCAGCUGGUGAGAAUCCUGGUGCUGUUUGUAGGUACGUUUAUACGACAGUAGAGCUGAUCAACAUGGCCCGAAAAUUACUGGGUUUUGGGCAGAAUAUUUCGGCCCGAAAUUUUGAAAAAAAAUUGCGGGUUUUGGGCAACGUAAAACAACAAAUUUAGUUAUAAAUUGGUCUGGCCCGAAAAUCCGCUAUUUUUGGCCCGAAAUAGUGGGUGUUAGGCACACAAAAUUGGCCCGACAUAUGGACAGAAUUUUGCCCGGCCCGAACCCAGCACGACCCACUUUUUGAUCAGGUGUAUAUGACAGAGAAGACAGUAUAUGAUUUGAGAACAUACUGUCUUGUGAUUAGCACCUGUUGAUUUCUUGAUUGUGAUGGCCCUUGAUGAAUCGGAAUUGAGAUUGUCUGGUAGUUGAAGAACAGAACAAGAUUGAACUGUUUCUUCAGAUAUCUGCCAUAUUCUGCCUGUACGUUACCCUUUAUUUAGGCUUGUGAUAUUUGGCUGGUUAUUGUUUGUUGCACUUUUAAUCUGUUAUGGAUGCAUUAUGCUGGAGUUGCAUUACAACAUUAGACAGCUGCGUUUAACAUUAAAGUUCCAGCAACAGAUUUGUAUUCUGCUGCGCUACUUGUGUUCUGUUGUAUGGCUCUCUAGUUUCAGAAAGUGUGUUUCUUCAAAGGAUGUAUUUGCCUUUGCUAUUAGUAUUGGCACUUCCUACCAUUCAAAUCAGACAGUGAUGAAAAAGUAUGUUGAGCUUAUAGGAGAUGGAUUACGUAUUAUUGGAUAGCUUUCUGCCAUUUGUUUUCGAAUUUUUUUUAAUGAAAUCUGGGAAUCGAUUCAGAUUUUGAAAA